UACGCUCCGCCCCCUCCUGUCAGGGUCCGCGCUCCAGCCCGGGGCAGCAGGUGCGCGGGGCCGGGAGCGGGUGUGGGCACGCGGCCAUGCGGCCCCUGCUCGGCCUGCUCCUGGUCUUCGCCGUCUGUACCUUCUCUCUGUACCUGGUGUCCACUCUGCUGCCGCGGGGCCCGAGGCCCGAGACCCGCCCCAGAGAGGAGGGGGAGGAGGCGGAGGGCCAGGAGCCAGGCUCCAGGGUGCUCAAGUUUCCUUCAGACUUGGAAGAACUCCGGGAGCUCUCGGACUUUCUACAGAACUACAAGGGGGAGCACCAGGCCUGCGUGCUGUUGCUGUUCUGCAGUGCCUACCUCUACAAACAGUGCUUCGCUAUCCCGGGCUCCAGCUUCCUGAACAUUUUGGCCGGAGCCUUAUUUGGACCAUGGCUAGGCCUCGUCCUGUGCUGUGUGCUGGCCUCAGUGGGCGCCACCUGCUGCUACCUGCUCUCCACUGCUUUUGGAAAGCAGUUGGUGAUCUCCUAUUUCCCUGAUAAGGUGGCCAUGCUGCAAAAAAAGGUGGAAGACAACAGGAACAGCCUGUUUUUCUUCCUUCUCUUCCUGAGACUCUUCCCCAUGACGCCCAACUGGUUCUUGAACUUGUCAGCCCCGAUUCUGAACAUCCCCGUCGCUCAGUUCUUCUUCUCAGUCCUCAUAGGACUGAUCCCGUACAACUUCAUCUGUGUCCAGACCGGCUCCAUCCUGUCGACCGUCACCUCCCUGGAUGACAUCUUCUCCUGGGGGACCGGGCUGAAGCUGCUAGCCAUAGCUCUGGUGGCGUUGGUCCCUGGAGCCCUCAUCAAACACUUCAGCCAGAAGCAUCUAAGUCUCGAUGAAGCCAGCGGCUUUCUCCGGGGAAAUGGCAAAAAGAGGACAUGAUUGGGCCUGGCUGGUCUGGCUAACUGGCGGGAUGGGUGGGGUCCUUGCAAGCCUUCCCUUACUGUGUCCCCCUGGUGAGGGUCUCCUCAGCUGGCCUGGUGCAGCAGCAGGGGCUCCUACCCUGGAGGCAGCCCUUCCUGGCCAGUGGGCAGCCCAGGCUCAUUAUGGCCUUGACCCAUCAGGGACCUACAUCCUGGUUGUUUGCAUCUGUUUGCUGAUGUGAGAGGCAUGGUGGGGUAGAGGGGAGAACCUAGCAUUUAAGGCCAGACCAUCGGGGUUCAAGGCCCAUACCUGCCACUUUGGGCCCAGCCAUCCCUUCUGCUUGCUGGGCUUCCGUUUUUUAUCCGUUAAAUGAGGGGGUUGGGCCAGGUCCCCUCAUAGAUCACUCGUGGUCCCUUGUGGGCUUUUCUGGGCCUUUCCAUAUUCGUCUAUCCUCUGCUUAGUCAGGGCUGGCACCCCCUUGCAGCACUGGCCCAGGAGCCCCUCGAUUUCCCAGGUUUCGU